CGCAGCCCCUUGUUGCUAAGCAACAUCCACAGAAGAUUGACAGCAACUUCAGGGACUCAUUCGGAGAAAACUUCAAUAAAAGGCUGAAAACUGGCUUGAAAAGUGAUAUUCCAUUCGGAAGUUGCAGCAAUGCCAGAUGUUGAACCCCUCAGAUUCCCAUCAAGGGAAGGACGACCUAGUCAACAAGAUCAAGCAGAUUUUCAGUUUGCCUGCACUGGUAGACGUCGCCCUUGUGUUUUGCUCAACAGUCCCUCACCAUGUGUCAACAAGGCUGUUUACCAUAUCCAAGAGCUGAGGAAGACUGUGGAACAAUGGUGUCAACAGUCACAGACUGAUCAGGACAAGAAAUGCAGCAAAACUUUGAGACUUGAGCCCAGAGAUUCAGAUACAGAAUCAGUGACUGAGUUGUUUGUGGAAGGCAUCGCAAUUUGUCCUAGAGCUUACAACACAGUAGGCCAGUCGCUUAAAGUGUUCCAUCCCCCAGAAAGUUGUCCAUUAUCGCCACUACUGAAGAAAAUAAAUGAUGUCCUUGGAGAGGUGGUGUAUCUGAUUGAGCAGCUGGAGGCUGAUCGCCAGUAUGCAGAGGAAGCUAUCCAGAAAGAGAAGACAAGAAAAAGAUUUCUGGAGAGCAAAAUUGACAGUAUUUCACUCUGGAAGAAACAAGAACAUUCGUUUGUUGUCCAAAAAGAGCAUGAGGCUUGCAUCAGAGACAACACUGAACUGAAGUGGCAGCUAAAACUGGAAAGGCAGAAACUUCAGCAGAACCAGGAGAAGUUGUCACACACUGAGGUGUUGAACCAACGCUUACAUGAGGACAUCAGCUUUGCCAAAAAACAAAUCCCCAUUGUGAAAGAAAACCUGGACUUCCAGAGAGACAUCAUAAAUCAAAUCAACACUGCGCAAGUUGAGGCUGAUGAAGAAUACUCAAAGACACAAAGUGAUCUUAAAAUGGCACAGAAAGAGUUUCAAAAAUUUAAGCUGGAUGCCAACACUGAACAGAAAUCUCAGGACUCAGAACUGUUUGAAACAAAGGCCCAGCUGGCUAAGAGACUGGAAGCUGUAAAUAAUUUAAAGGUGUAUGAUGAAGGUCUAUAUGCUCAAAUAAAGGAUGCUGAAAAGGUGGUUGCUCUUACAGAAGAAAAGUGUGAAGCCAUUACACAGCAUAUCCCUGAAAUGAUGGAGCUUGAGAAAACUGAAAAGGACCAGAGUUUGCAACUGAAACUUCGAUUUGAGGAUGAAGUACAAAAGAAUAAGAAAUUAAAAAAGAAACUCAGUGCAUUACAGGAAGACAUUGAGAAAACUAAACUUAAUAGAGAAGCAGAGGUUUCCUGCAUAGAAGAGCAGCUCCAUACAAAACGUAAUACUUUUGCAUUGCUCCAUAAAGAAAACAUGGUGUAUGAACAGAAUUUAGAAGACUUCAAGACAAAGAUUUCUAAGAGCGAGAAAGCAGUGAAGCAGAUGCGUGAAGAGAAGAAGCAGAUGCUCCAGAAGAUCACUGACAAUGAUGAGCAAUGGGAAAAGGCCAAGGAAGAGGCGACCCAAGUUGCAGCCCAGCACAGUGUCACCCAGACAAAGCUGAAAGAGCAGGAACAGCUCACCUUGAUUGAACAACAGAGGGCAAGGAAAGAGAUUGAAACCCUGAGGAAAGACCUGACAAGUCAGAUGACUGAGAUGGAAGUACUGAAGGGUCAAUGUGCAACUAUCAGUGAAGAAUUGAAACAUCGGCAAAGGAGCUCAGAGCUAACUAACCAAAAACUUCAGAAAGAAUUUGAAGAUGCAUCUUCAGCAACAAAAGCUCUGGAGUCAAAAAUUCUGAAUAUCAAGAAACUGACAGAACAUUUGGAAAGGAUUCAGUGUGAGCACAGGAAUAUGUUAGACAACCUUGAGAAGGAGAAAAAACUUAAAGGUGAUCAUCUGAGAGUCGCUAAGGAUUUACACACCACCACUAUAAGGAGCUAUGACUCCACUCUGGGCAGGAUCAGUGACCUCACAAAGAAGAUUGAAGAAUACAGAGAUGCUUCAGAUAAAAUGGAAAAAACGGUUGAAAACAUGACAGAAGUCAUAGCAGAACUUCAAAGUGUGUUUGAUGUGGUGGAUUUCAGAAACAAAUCAGCUGCUCUCAUAAUGAGCACCUUGAAGUCUGAUAUUAAUAACUGCCAACAACGAACACAGCGAUCCGUGCAGACACACACUGCUCAUGUUACAGCAAGAAAAAUGAAAAUGGAACAUACCAAGGAAGCACUCAAAAUUGCACUGGAGGAGAACAAACGGCUGGCCAAAGAGUAUGAAUGUUUUAAGAAGAUCCUCAUGGAGGCCAGACAGGAGGCAGUGUCUGCACUGAGCAAGAAAAACCAUGAACAAUCAUCUUUUCAUUAUUACACACAGCUCUCUUUGUUGCAGAAGAGGAUGCACAAAGCUUUGGUGAAAUACUUCAAACAACGCAGCCUCUAUAGCCAGGCUGAACUGGAUCGGUGCCAGGCUCUUUCUCAAGAGACCGACCAGAAAAUAAAAACAGCCCAGGUCCAGGUAUUCUACCGGAUGGUAGCAUAUUCUUUUGGAUACUUCAGUAACUCCAUGUUAUACUUGGCAUUGUUUGAGCGUCAACCAGCUAGUCAGUUGCUUUGUGUCUCCUUUGCCAAGAAGGUGCAGCCAGGCAAAUAUCUACCAAGGCUUUGUGCUUCGCUACUGUGGUAGAGUUACAGACACUACUCUUACAGUACCUUAAAGUCUAUACACACAGUCAUCAGAUCUCAGACAGAUGUGAUGGAUGAUGUCUGCAAGAUUGCCUAUGCAGUGACCCCAAGACUAAGGCUAGCUCUGCCUCUGUAGAUAAUUCUAUACACAUUGUGCUUAGUCACAUUGCAUUAACAUUUGAGCCUGUUACCAGUUUAGCAGAGGAAUUUAUGAUUUUAUUUGUAAUUUAGAGUGCGUUCAUUAGAACACAUGGAAGAUAUGUGUUAGAGCUUCUUCUUUCUGAGAAGAAUAACCUUCUGUCUCGCAGAAGAGUAGCAGCAUAUUCUGCAAGGUUGAGAAGUAAGGAUCUUCAAUUAGAGGAUAAUCGGUGUCUAAUCUGUGCUGUGAUUCGAGAUGAGGUCAAAGAGGACAGAGGGACAGUGAUGAAUCUUUAUGAAAUGUCCUGUCCGGCAUUACUGCCGAGCCAGGUGGCAUGCAAUCAAACUAUGGAUCACUUUUUACUUUUACUCCUUACUUAACAAUUACUUGACCUCUAACUAGCCAUGUUUGUCAGUUGCAAUCUGUUGU